AUGUCCGUCGACUACCACACCGGAGCGAGCGUGUCAAAGUCUCUCCCGAAUCCGCCAGGAUUCGCCGUCUCAGCGGCCGGAGGCAAGGUGGCGAGCGGAACGACGAAGAAGCAGAAUGUCGGGAACGCGAACGAGCUCAAGCUGAAGAGGGCGUGGGAGAUGGCGUUUGCGCCGGCCAAGUCGCUCCCGAUGCAGGCGAUCAUGCUCUACUUCUCGGGCAGCGGUAUCCAGAUCUUCUCCCUCGGCAUGAUCUUCAUGCUCCUGACGACCCCUAUCACUGCGAUCUCGAACGUCUUCCGGACUUUCGAACCCCUCCGCACGACCAACUCGAAGGGCGAGCUGACGUACGCGCUCAUCAUCCCGCCGAUGAUUCUGUACGUCGCGUGCCAGCUCGCCGUCUUCGGUCUCGGCCUGUACAAGUGCUGGACGAUGGGCGUGCUCCCGACCGGCCGCGCCGACUGGCUCCAGUUCGAGACGCGCCCGUCCCCGCCAGAGUGGAGUGCGGUGCGCGGCGCAGCGCUGAGCAUGUUUGGCAAAUAG